AUGGCCCUGGACGGGGAGCGGGGGGAGCAAGAGGAGGAGAAGAAAAAGAAGAAGAAGAAAAAGAAGAGAAAGAAGAAGGAGGAGGGGGCUGAGAAGAGCAGCUCACCCUUCCCAGCCAGGAUGGGCGACAGCGACGCGGCGCCCCGGGCCGGCGGCAGGGGGCUCUCGGACCCGUGGGCGGACUCCGUGGGGGUGAGACCCCGCACCACCGAGCGCCACAUCACGGUGCACAAGCGACUCGUGCUGGCCUUCGCCGUGUCCAUCGUGGCUCUGCUCGCGGUCACCAUGCUCGCCGUGCUGCUCAGCUUGCGCUUCGACGAGUGCGGGGCAGGCGCCACCCCGGGCGCCGACGGCGGCCCCGCGGGCUUCCCUGCGCGCGGCGGCAACGCGAGCUUCCCGGGCGCGACCCGAGGCAACCACCACGCGGGUGAGGACGCCUCGCAGCCCGAGGCAGGCGAGGCCACCCCCGGGACCCCGUCCCCGCAGCCGCCGUCGGAGGUGGAGUGGCAGCCCUGGACGCAGCUGCGCCUGUCGGGCCACCUCAAGCCGCUGCACUACAAUCUGAUGCUCACAGCCUUCAUGGAGAACUUCACCUUUUCUGGGGAGGUCAACGUGGAGAUCGCGUGCCGGAACGCCACCCGCUACGUCGUGCUGCACGCCUCCCGGGUGGCAGUCGAGAAGGUGCAGGUGGCGGAGGAUCGGGUGGCCGGGGCGGUCCCGGUGGCUGGCUUCUUCCUGUACCCGCAAACCCAGGUCUUGGUGGUGGUGCUCAAUAGGACCCUGGACGCGCAGAGGAAUUACAACCUAAAGAUCAUCUACAACGCUCUGAUCGAGAACGAGCUCUUGGGCUUCUUCCGCAGCUCCUACGUGCUCCACGGGGAGAGAAGAUUCCUUGGCAUUACUCAGUUUUCACCUACACAUGCCAGAAAGGCAUUUCCUUGUUUUGACGAGCCCAUCUACAAGGCUACUUUCAAAAUCAGCAUUAAGCAUCAAGCAACCUAUUUAUCUUUAUCCAAUAUGCCAGUGGAAACUUCUGUGUUUGAGGAAGAUGGAUGGGUUACGGAUCACUUUUCACAGACCCCUCUCAUGUCUACAUAUUAUUUAGCCUGGGCAAUUUGCAACUUCACAUACAGAGAAACUACCACCAAGAGUGGAGUUGUAGUACGAUUAUAUGCAAGACCUGAUGCUAUCAGAAGAGGAUCUGGGGAUUAUGCUCUCCAUAUAACAAAGAGAUUGAUAGAAUUUUAUGAAGACUACUUUAAAGUGCCCUAUUCCUUGCCAAAACUAGAUCUUUUAGCUGUGCCUAAGCAUCCGUAUGCUGCUAUGGAGAACUGGGGACUAAGUAUUUUUGUGGAACAAAGAAUACUGCUGGAUCCCAGUGUUUCAUCUAUUUCUUAUUUGCUGGAUGUCACCAUGGUCAUUGUUCAUGAGAUAUGUCACCAGUGGUUUGGUGACCUUGUGACUCCUGUGUGGUGGGAAGACGUGUGGCUGAAGGAAGGUUUUGCUCACUACUUUGAAUUUGUUGGUACAGACUACCUCUAUCCUGGCUGGAACAUGGAAAAACAGAGAUUUCUCACGGAUGUUCUGCAUGAAGUCAUGCUGCUAGACGGCUUGGCCAGUUCCCAUCCAGUAUCACAGGAAGUGCUACAGGCAACUGAUAUUGACAGGGUGUUUGACUGGAUCGCAUAUAAAAAGGGUGCUGCUUUAAUUAGAAUGCUGGCUAAUUUUAUGGGCCAUUCAGUAUUUCAGAGAGGUCUGCAAGAUUAUUUAACCAUUCAUAAGUAUGGCAAUGCAGCCAGAAAUGAUCUCUGGAAUACACUAUCAGAGGUUUUAAGAAGGAAUGGAAAAUAUGUAAAUAUACAAGAAGUAAUGGAUCAGUGGACACUCCAGAUGGGUUAUCCUGUUAUCACCAUCUUGGGAAAUACAACAGCGGAAAAUAGAAUCAAAAUUACCCAACAACAUUUUAUUUAUGACAUCAGUGCUAAAACGAAAGCACUUGUACUUCAAAAUAACAGUUACCUGUGGCAGAUUCCAUUAACUAUUGUGGUAGGAAAUAGAAGCCAUGUGUCUUCAGAAGCAAUUAUUUGGGUGUCUAACAAAUCAGAACACCACAGAAUAACUUCUUUGGACAAAGGAAGCUGGUUGUUGGGAAACAUCAAUCAAACUGGUUACUUUAGAGUCAACUAUGAUUUAAGGAAUUGGAGAUUAUUAAUUGACCAGUUAAUCCGGAACCAUGAGGUUCUCACUGUCAGUAACAGAGCUGGUCUGAUCGAUGAUGCCUUCAGCCUAGCCAGAGCUGGCUAUUUGCCUCAGAAUAUUCCCCUGGAGAUUAUCAGAUACCUGUCUGAGGAGAAGGAUUUUCUUCCUUGGCAUGCUGCCAGCCGAGCCCUUUAUCCUCUAGAUAAAUUACUGGACCGCAUGGAGAAAUACAAUGUCUUCAAUGAAUAUAUCUUAAAGCAAGUUGCAACAACCUACAUCAAGCUUGGAUGGCCAAAAAACAAUUUUAAUGGAUCUCUUAUUCAAGCAUCUUACCAACAUGAAGAACUUCGCAGAGAAGUUAUAAUGCUGGCAUGCAGUUUUGGUAACAAGCACUGUCACCAGCAGGCAUCAACACUUAUUUCAGAUUGGAUUUCCAGCAACAGAAACAGAAUACCACUGAAUGUCAGAGACAUCGUCUACUGCACAGGAGUCUCACUGCUGGAUGAGGAUGUCUGGGAAUUCAUAUGGAUGAAGUUUCACUCCACCACAGCAGUUUCUGAGAAGAAAAUAUUGUUGGAAGCCUUAACUUGCAGUGAUGAUAGGAAUUUAUUAAACAGGCUUCUGAACCUAUCACUGAAUUCUGAGGUGGUGCUGGAUCAAGAUGCAAUUGAUGUGAUAAUACAUGUAGCUCGAAAUCCACAUGGCCGAGACCUUGCCUGGAAGUUCUUCAGAGAUAAAUGGAAGAUAUUAAAUACCAGGUAUGGAGAGGCAUUAUUUAUGAAUUCCAAACUUAUCAGCGGAGUUACAGAAUUUCUUAAUACUGAAGGAGAACUCAAGGAGCUAAAGAACUUCAUGAAGAACUAUGAUGGAGUAGCUGCUGCCUCUUUCUCAAGAGCUGUGGAAACUGUCGAAGCCAACGUGCGCUGGAAAAUGCUGUAUCAAGAUGAGCUGUUCCAGUGGUUAGGAAAAGCUCUGAGACACUAAUAUGUUCCCCUUAUAAACUAUUCAUCUCAGAAUUUUGUAAGAAGAUCCGCUUUUUGUGGAAUGAGGAAAACUUACUAUGUGAAAAUAGCUGGAUUUUCAGUGUUAACAUGUGGGAGGAAUUUUUUUUUUUUUAAUUUUUGGUUUGGGGGGAAUUUUUGUUGUCGUUUCAUUGUUUGGUUUUUCUACUGGGUAUUCUUCUCUACAGAAACUCCUGCAAGUGAACCUAGCCAUGAUUGCUUCAGCUGUACAUUCCUUGCUGUACAGGACCAACUAUGAUAGUGGUGCAUGUCGAUGUUGCAGUCAGUUUGGAAAACAUAUUCAGAAUAUUUUUGUGCAUGGUUGUAUGGUCCUGCCUUGUUCCAGCAUGCUUAUUUAAAGUGUCCAAUGUUGUAUGUGAAUAUAUGUUUUAUCUAGGAUGGGCAUUAUGCAAAAGCACAAAGAUUAUCUAUGACAAUCAGUGUUGCAAUGAAAGAAAACCUGAAAAAUGAAAUUGUAUUCUUUGUCCUGGGCAAUGUGAGAGAUAAAAAAGCCCUUUAAAUGAUUACUAUCACUUAUUUCAGCACUUAGAUUGUCAAUAAUUACUGUGUUACUCAUUUUCUUUGAGUUAAAGCCGUGUAUACAGUAAAAAGGCAUAUAGAUAGUGUAUACAUAUGUUUAUGUGCAGAGGGAAGCCCCACAUGUAUAUACUAUGUUGUACACUGCAUAUGUGCAAAGAAAUUUCUUCAGAUAAAAAGAAAAUUUAACUCUUUUUAUAAACUUAUGCAAACUU